AUGGCCGACGUGGCGUCCCUUCAGACAGAAGUUAAAGAAUUCAAGCUGCAGCUUGAAACGAUCCAAUCGAGCUUGCAGGUAGACCCAGACAACUCGGAACUUCAGAGUCUCAAAGCUGAGCUAGAAGAACUCAUAAACCUCACCGAAACCUCCAUCGCCGAACUCAAACCAUCCGCACCUCCAGCGCCAGCAGCAAAGCCUUCCCCGCCGCCUCCAACAAAAGAAAAGUGGUCGAAAGAGGAUCACCCAGCAUACCAGGCUGGCUACCGUAAACCCACAAUCGAACAAGCAGAAGAACCACCAGCGCCGGCGUCGUUUUCAGUCAACGAGAAUGUUUUGGCUCGCUGGGUGUCGGGUGACAAUUCUUUUUACCCUGCGCGCAUUACCUCUAUUACAGGCUCUACUAGCAACCCCGUUUACAUUGUUUCCUUCAAGACCUACGCCACAGUGGAAUCCUUAAGCGCCAAAGACCUUAAACCCAUCUCCAACAAUGACUCGCGAAAGCGCAAGGCUGAUGCAAGCUCAGGAAACUUCUCCUCACAGUCGCCUGUGUUACAACCAGCAAACUCGAGCGUGAUCUCCGCCGCGGCAGACAUCAACCCCGCGCUGGCCAACCAGGCUCGCAAAGAACCGAGUAAGGUCGGCGAUGGGCCUGCUCGUCCCGCCAAGGUGCCCCGAAAGGUCAAGGCGACUCGUGAGCUAGAGGAGGGGAAAAACAAAUGGAAGGACUUUGCCAACAAGAGCAAGAUUGGGAAGAAGGACAGUAUGUUCCGAACCGGUGAAAGCGUAAAUGCGCGAGUGGGUUUUACUGGGUCCGGCCAGUCAAUGCGCAAGGAGCCCGGCAGAUCGCGGCAUGUCUACAGACAGCUUGAGGACGAGGGAUAUUGA